AUGGCAGAAAAAGACGUCGAGUCCGGCCAACCAACACAACUAUCGCACUUCCGCCAGGUCAUAGACCAGGCAGGAGUCACUCCAGAAGUCGAGAAAUAUGACUACGCAGGCUCCGGUACCGAAGAAGACCCUUACGUCGUGACCUGGAUAGAAAACGAUCCUCGGAAUCCCAUGCUCUACAGCAAGACGAAAAAAUGGUCCAUAACUCUCCUGGUGGCUUUCGCAACGCUUGCUGUAGCAUUCGUGUCUAGCGCGUACUCCGGUGGAUCAAACCAGGUUAUCCAGGAGUUUCAAAUCUCGCAGGAGAUAUUCGUACUUGGGACUUCUUUGUUUGUGUUGGGCUUCGCUAUCGGUCCUCUUCUCUGGGCGCCUUUAUCCGAGCUCUUCGGACGGCAGAUACUUUACAUCUCGACUUAUGCAAUGUUGACCGCAUUCAAUGCUGGCGCCGCGGGCGGACAGAACAUCGCAACGGUGACGGUCCUGCGAUUCUUAGCUGGAGCUUUCGGUAGCUCGCCGUUGACGAACGCGGGCGGAGUCAUCGCAGAUAUGUUUCCGGCAAAGGAGCGUGGCCUGGCAAUGUCCAUCUUUGCGGCCGCACCGUUCAUGGGACCAGUACUAGGCCCAAUCGUCGGCGGUUUCGUGGGCGAAACAGUCGGAUGGCGAUGGAUUGAAGGUGUCAUGGCCAUCUUCACCGGUACCCUCUGGAUUGCUGGGUCGUUUUUGAUUCCCGAGACUUACCCACCAGUCCUGCAGCGAAAGCGCGCGAAGAAGCUCAGCCAGAUGACCGGUAAAGUCUACAAAAGCCAAGGAGACGUCGACCAAGGACCGCAGAGUUUUGGCCAUGUGUUCCGCACAUCGCUCAUGCGACCGUGGGUGCUGCUGUUCCAGGAGCCGAUUGUGUUGCUCCUUUCGAUCUACAUGGCCAUCAUCUACGGGACACUGUACAUGCUGUUCUCCGCAUUCCCGAUCGUGUAUCAAGAGACUCGAGGCUGGUCACCUGGUAUCGGAGGCCUUGCUUUCCUUGGAGUUGCCGUGGGCAUGGUAGGCGCCGUUACGUACAGUGCGAUUGACAACAAGCGGUACGUGAAGCUGCUUGAGCAACACAAGGGCUUUGCACCGCCCGAGGCCAGACUUCCACCGUGUAUGCUUGGUGGCAUCUGCGUGCCUAUCGGCCUGUUCUGGUUUGCCUGGACCAACUACCCGAGUAUCCAUUGGAUGGCCAGCAUAGCAGCAGGCGUUCCGUUUGGCUUUGGCAUGGUUUUGAUCUUCCUGGGAAUCAUGAACUAUCUCAUCGACGCAUACACCAUCUUCGCAGCUUCCGUAUUGGCCGCAAACGCAGUCCUGCGAUCCCUUUUCGGCUUUGCCUUCCCUCUGUUCACAACUCAGAUGUACACCAAUCUCGGCAUCCAUUGGGGCAGUUCCAUCCCAGCAUUUCUCUCUUUAAUGUGUAUCCCCAUGCCUUUUCUAUUCUACAAAUACGGCCCCGCCAUCCGCGAACGCUGCAAAUAUGCUGCCCAGGCCGCCGCCUUCAUGAAGAAGAUGCAAGCCCAGACCGAAGGCACCGACGACUCGUCGGAAGAAGAGCCAGCACGUCCUUCUGGAGACCCGGCGGACAAGGAGAAGGAGAACGAAGAGGAGCGCGAGGAGGCAGAGCAGGAAGCAUUCGAUUACUCGUAUGCCGAAGAGAACGAGCCGCGCUUUGAGCGGAUCAAGACCAACCGCAGCCAACAAAGCAGGCCUGAACUUGCGAAGACGAAGAGCUAUGACCGGAGUCCAUUUGAUCUGGACAGAACCAACACUACGGACAGUUUUGCCUAUGAGGCGAGGAAGAAGACUUCCAGGCGGAGCUCGCAGGCGAGCAAGGCGAGCAGGUAG